CAUUACAGAUGCCCGUUGUUUGCGGAAAUGAUCAUCAGAGGGCGAAGGUUGUGCAGGCACGAUGGAGGUGCGCAGGAAGCUGCUGAACUCUGUUGACAGGUGUGUGGACGAGGCUCUGGAGGGUCUGGUCAGGAGUCACGGGGGUCUUGUGCUGCUGCAGGGCCACAGGGUUGUACUGCGCUCCGAUCUGCAGAGCAUUAAGGGAAAGGUAGCUCUACUGUCUGGAGGAGGAUCUGGCCAUGAACCCGCUCAUGCAGGCUUCAUUGGAGAGGGAAUGCUGUCCGGAGCGGUGGCUGGAUCAGUGUUUGCAUCUCCUCCUCCUGGAAGUGUGUUGGCCGCCAUUCUGACCCUGUGGAAAGGAGGCGCUUCAGGCGUCCUGCUCAUCGUCAAGAACUACACGGGAGACCGGCUGAACUUUGGCAUUGCUGUGGAACAGGCCCGGUCACAGGGUGUCCCGGUGGACAUGGUGAUUGUGGCCGAUGACUGUGCCUUUGCUCAGCCCAGCAAGGCCGGACGGAGAGGCUUGUGUGGAACCGUGUUCAUUCAUAAGUUAGCAGGAGCUCUGGCAGAGAAAGGCUGUGCUUUGGGUGACAUAGUUGCACGGUUGAAUGAAGCUACAAAAAGAAUAGGCACGUUGGGCGUUAGUCUGUCUCCAUGCAGUGUGCCUGGAUGCCUGCCGACUUUCCAGCUUCCACCUGGAGAGAUGGAGCUGGGACUGGGGAUCCAUGGAGAGCCAGGUAUAAAGAGAUCAAAGGUGGACUCUGCUGAUGAAGUUGUGAAAAACAUAAUAAAUCACAUGACUGAUUCCUCAAACAAGUCACAUCUGUCCCUGAAGUCAGGAGACAAGGUGGUGCUGUGUGUGAAUAAUCUGGGCGCUCUAUCAUGUUUGGAAAUAGCUGUGGUCUCCAAAGCGGCCAUACACUGCCUAGAGGAGCGAGGUGUGCUUGUUGCCAGGGUGAUGUCAGGGUCAUUUAUGACAUCACUGGAGAUGGCAGGAAUGUCUCUUUCGUUAAUGAAGGUGGAUGAAGAGAUGCUCAGACUGUUUGAUGCUAAAACCACAGCCCCCGCCUGGCCAAACCUCAGCACAAGCUCUGUGAGUGGAAGAAACCUGUUUCUGGAACCUGCUGAAAAACCUGCUGCGGCUUCAGACAAAUGUAGUGAAGGUGCUCUAUCAUCUGUCAUUCGUCUGGUUUUGGAGGCCAUAUGUAAGAUUCUCCUGCAGCGCCAAGAGGAACUCAAUGCUCUGGACCGUGCAGCAGGGGAUGGAGACUGUGGGAGCACACAUGCUCUCGUUGCUAAUGCCAUUCAGGAGUGGCUCCAGACAAGCACAAUCCCUGGAAACCUUGGUCAGCUUCUGGCAGAUCUGGCUCUGCUGGUGCAGGAACGAAUGGGAGGAUCAUCAGGGGCGUUAUAUUGCUUGUUUUUGUCUGCGGCUGCCCCCCAUCUGAGACAAAACUGUGAUGGUGCUGCUUGGGCCAAAGCAUUGCAUGCUGGGACAGAAGCCAUGAAGAGAUAUGGAGGUGCCGAACCAGGAGAUAGGACCAUGCUGGAUGCCCUGUGCCCGGCUGUGGAGGAGCUGAAGAAACUGUCCACAGCGCCUCCUGGUGGUCACAUUACUGUGCUACAAGCAGCAGUGGAGAAAGCAGAUUCGGGAGCAGAAUCGACCCGUAAUCUGACUGCGAGGGCUGGACGUGCCAGUUAUGUCGCGUCUGAACAUUUGACCCAGCCGGACCCUGGGGCAGUGGCGGUCGCUGCCAUCUUGAGGGCCGUACUCGAUGCUUUAAAAGCCUAGAGUUAGAGAAGCUCACUAACAUUAUGCAAGGAAGAAAGGCUGUUGAUUACUACACGUUCAAGAAGAUGAAAUAUUAAAAUACUCUCCAAUCAAAGGUUAUUGUGACAUUAGUAGGUAUUUUCAGCAUUGUUUGACUAACAGCAAUCCUGGCUCUGCCAUUUUGGGUUGUUCAAAUAACCCUAUUAAAGGGGUCAUGAACUGGUGUGAUUUAUUUUGUAGUUUUGUUAGACGUCCGCUUAUAUAUGUGUAUAAUGUUAUCAGGAUUUACACAUCAUGUAAUAGGAUAUUUUUUGACCUCCUCAUUGGAACACACUGGUUAAAAAGGUGUCAGAUUGUCGGCUCUUGAAAAUAAACACUCACUGAUGUAAUUGGCUGAUUGUUUGCUUAUACAGUAACAUUUUUUAGAAAAGUUGGCUAAGGACAGCUGUGUGUCCACCAAUGUACAAUUCUGCAUACAUAUUAAUAAUAAUGUUUAUUUUAUAUAGCACCUUUCCAUUAAUCAAGGAUGCUUUACAAGGUGAUAACAAAGUAAAAAAAAAAUAAAUAAAUCAAUGCAUGUUUGACUGCCUACAUCCUUCAUAUUUGGAUAGUGUUGUGUACCUAUUACAAAAUCUCUAAUAACAGACAAAGCAAUAGUGAUUCCUAACAAAUUUUGUGUAAACUGUCCCAUUUAAGAUGUUAAGACCUGAUUCAAGAAACAAAAACAAAUGAACGAAUAAAACUUGCUGAAAUAUUGUUUCAUAAAACAGCACUUCUCCUUUUCAUGUAAUUUUGUCUUGAUUUAAGAAUGUCUUACAUUUUGCAAAAGUAAAGACAGAUGACAUUUUGCACUGUGUCUUUGAUUUUCAUUAUAGUACUUCUUUACUUUUAAUAAAUAAUGUCGGAAUUUCGCUUUUUUAUGAA